CUCCCCUUCCUCCCAAUCAUCCACACGCAGCACGCUACACUGUUGCUUUGGCCGAAACGGAAUUCAUCACAUGCUCGAAAAAGAGUAUAUAGCGGCAGGAUAGGAAGGAGAGCUCUGUAGAAGUUAGCCUAGCAGAGAAUACUACUAGCAGGCCACCCAGGGAAAAGAACGGCGCCGGAAGAAAAGCAGAGUGCCGUCUACACCACGGCGGCGAGCCAUUCCUCGAGUUCUUGAGCUUGGCCGAUCAUCAAGUCCAAUGGAGCAAGGCUCUAAGGAGAGAGGCCUCCCUCCCCAGCUGCUGAACCUCAUCCCGGAAGAGAGGGACUGGAAGAAGGUCAGGGAAGCAGGAGAUCAUGGAGGCAGAUCAUCAAGAGCCGGAGCAAUCUUCGCCGACGAGGACUUAAAGCUGGAGCUCAAGCUUGGCCUCCCCGGCAUCCAGCGUGAACAAGAUGGAGAGAGCUGCUCAGCGCUCUCCAUCGGCUGCCUCCCUGCGCAUUCAAGGCUGGCAAAGAGAGGGUUCUUCGACACCGUUGAGGCCAAACCAGAAGGCUAUGAUCAGAGGCACCGGGACAGGGAAGGAUGUUGGAAUGAGUUAACAUUAGGAGGAGGUGAAAUGUUGUCCGGUGAGAGGAAGAAGAAAGGGUGCUGUCCCCCACCACCACCAUCAUCACAUGGCUCAGCUGCUGCUGUGCGCAGCAGCAGCAGCCCCCAGGGGAGAGCUGCUGUUCCUCCAGUGGUCGGUUGGCCUCCGGUCCGAUCCUUCAGGAGAAACCUCACGAAUGGGACUUCAUCCAAGCAAUCCCCCGAGAGACAAAACGACGAAGCUGCCGACAAGGUGAAGUUAAUCUGCAAGAAGAGACCGCUCGUCAAAAUCAACAUGGACGGGAUACCUAUCGGAAGGAAAAUAAACCUUACAGCUUACGACAGCUACCAAAAGGUGUCAUCUGCCGUUGAAGAAUUGUUCUGUGGAUUUCUUGAAGCCCAGAAGGAUCUAUCUUGUGCUGAAAGCGGAGAGCGGAGAGCAGAAGAGAAAAUAUUUUCAGGCUUGCUGGAUGGAACUGGCGAAUACGCUCUAGUGUACGAGGAUGAUGAAGGAGACAGGAUGCUAGUCGGCGACAUACCAUGGAGUGUGUUUCUUUCGACCGCGAAGAGACUGAGGGUGAUGAGGAGGUCAGAGCUUCCCCUAGAUCUGAUUGGAGCUAACUCAGGGAGGGUAGCAGAUUGCUGAAAUGAGGAUAAACUGAAUUUGCAUGGUGCAAAUUGCAAUUCAUCACAUUUUUGGAGAUCGCCGGUCUUUAGCUUGCAGAGAUGAAUCUAAUAUGGAAAAAAAUGUACCCAGUUCAGGAUGUAAAUUACCCUACUCUUUCUCGAAUGUAGUGUUCGUCAGUGCAAUUCUACAUGUUUUAGGUUUAUCAAAAGCGCCGAAAGUGUAUCAACGUGCUGUGAUAACUUUCUACUGGGGCUGCACUGCAGGAUGGAAAUCUAAUGAUAAGAUCACAAUGGUGCAUGACU